AUGCUGUUCUCCCUUCCAGGGAAAGCGGAGAAGAAAAAAUGGAAGGAAAUGAAGCUCCUGAAGAAACUGGAAAAACAGCGGAUGCGGGAGCUGGCAGAAAAACAAGCCGAGAAGCAGGAGGAGCAGAAGGAAGACAAAGGGCGUCACUACACGCUGAGCGUAGCCCUGCCAGGCUCUAUCUUGAACAACGCCCAGUCGCUGGAGCUGCGAACGUACCUUGCUGGACAGAUUGCUCGGGCCUGUGCCAUCUUCUGUGUGGAUGAGAUCGUAGUGUUUGACGAGCAUGGAGAAGAUGUAAAGACUGUGGAGGGAGACUUUGAAGGAAUUGGGAGGAAAGGCAAGGCUUGCGUGCAGCUGGCUCGGAUCCUGCAGUACUUGGAGUGCCCUCAGUACUUGAGGAAAUCCUUUUUUCCAAAACAUGAGGAUCUGCAGUUUGCAGGGCUCCUCAACCCCCUGGACAGCCCUCACCACAUGCGGGUGGAUGAGGAAUCACAGUACCGAGAAGGCAUAGUGUUGGACCGGCCAACUAAGCCAGGCAAAGGCUCUUUUGUUAACUGCGGGAUGAGGAAGGAGGUGCAGAUCGACAGACAGCUGAACGCCGGUCUGCGAGUUACUGUGCGCCUGGAGGAGCCCCAGAAGCCAGAAGCUAAAGUGCGAAAAGGUACAGUGGUGUCCUCUCACCACCCUCGGACAGUCUCAGGCUUGUACUGGGGUUACAGCGUCCGCCUUGCCUCCUGCCUGAGUGCUGUCUUUUCAGAGUGCCCUUUCAAGGAAGGCUACGAUCUCUCUAUUGGGACCUCAGAGCGGGGCAGCUCCGUGGACCAGGCCACUCUCCCCUCCUUCAGGCAUGCCCUUGUCGUGUUUGGAGGUCUUGAGGGCUUGGAAGCUGGGGUUGAUGUAGACCCAAACCUGGAGGUCACUGACCCAAGUGUCUUGUUUGACUUCUACCUGAACACUUGUCCCAGCCAAGGCAGCAGAACCAUCCGGACAGAGGAAGCACUGCUGAUCUCUCUCUCUGCGCUGAGACCCCACAUCGAUGAGGCUGUGAAGACACCCAGUGACGGGUGAGGGAAGGAAAACCACUGACCUUGCCAUCAGAUGAGGACUGCUACGGGGACGCUGCUGUUCA